GAAGAUAACAAAACGUCGUCUGUCGGUGCAGACGAAAAAAAAAAACAGGAAAAACACGAAUCAUCGCUACAGUGCCACGAAAAAGAGAAGAGUGUUGGAAAAAGUGUACCCUGCUCCGCGCGGACGGUCCGAGAUAGCCACCUCGAAACGAAAUCGCUAUGAAAUUAGCUUCUGAAUAACAGCUUUGAAUUCAAUUUCUCAAAAAGUCUGGAAAAAAGUUACUCGGUGUGACGUUUUGCAAGUCGCGGUAGAAAAAAUUUUCGUUCCUUACGAAGUUCCGGCUAGUUCUUGUGCAAAUUGGAAAAUCGACUCGUUCUUGGUUUGUCUAUCGGAGUGCAAAAGUUCGAGAAGAAAUUGAUUUGUGCAAAUAUUCGUAGCUGCUAACAUCCAGAACAAAUAGCUGACGGUAAACUUCGGUGGAAAGUUACCCCGGAACCGAUUAACUUUUUGGAAUAAACAGCGUCGCAGUCGGCGUAGUCGCAGCAACGCGUGCGCACUCUAACGGACGACGGAUUAGCCGCCACUCAGUUCAGCAAAGCUCAGUUGAACGUCGGGAUCUCAUCCAGACGGACGCGUAGUGUUCAGUGUCAGAUUUUCGAGGGGUUUUGGCUUUAGUAUUUUGGCCGCCGAGAUGGCAACCAGCUCGAACAGCGGAACGGUAUCGAUGUCGGCAUCGACGGCCAGUUUGACGCCAACAUCGACAGCAGCACCCGCCGCUGCUCCGGCACCACCAACCAAUGCACCGUGGCCCAACAGCAAGGAUGACUACGAGCUGCGGGAGGUGAUUGGAGUUGGCGCAACUGCCGUAGUGCACGGUGCCUUCUGUCAACCGCGCAACGAAAAAUGUGCCAUUAAACGGAUCAAUUUGGAAAAGUGGAACACCUCGAUGGAUGAGCUGCUCAAGGAGAUCCAAGCGAUGAGCAGCUGCAACCAUGAGAAUGUGGUCACGUACCAUACCAGCUUCGUGGUUAAAGAAGAACUGUGGCUAGUGUUGCGGUUGUUGGAGGGUGGCAGUUUGCUGGACAUUAUCAAACAUCGAAUGAAAUCCGUUAACUGCAAGCACGGUGUGUUCGAUGAGUCCACAAUUGCCACAGUUUUGAAGGAAGUUCUGAAGGGAUUGGAAUAUUUCCAUAGCAAUGGGCAAAUUCACCGCGAUAUUAAAGCUGGUAAUAUUUUGCUUGGCGACGACGGCACUGUUCAGAUAGCGGAUUUUGGUGUGAGUGCAUGGUUGGCUACCGGUCGUGAUUUGUCGCGACAAAAAGUUCGACAUACGUUCGUGGGUACUCCGUGCUGGAUGGCACCCGAAGUCAUGGAGCAAGAUCAUGGUUAUGACUUUAAGGCGGAUAUCUGGUCAUUCGGUAUUACAGCGAUCGAAAUGGCCACUGGAACGGCACCCUAUCACAAGUAUCCCCCUAUGAAGGUGCUGAUGCUUACGCUCCAGAACGACCCUCCUUCGAUCGAUACUGGAGCGGAUGAAAAAGAUCAGUAUAAAGCCUACGGAAAAACAUUCCGUAAGAUGAUCGUCGAAUGUCUCCAAAAGGAACCAUCGAAACGUCCUACGGCUAGCGAGCUACUAAAGCAUCCCUUUUUCAAGAAAGCGAAAGACCGCAAGUACCUUACGCAAACCUUGUUAGCCACCGGCCCCUCAAUGGCCACCCGCGUUCAUAAGGCUGCCAAACGACAACCUGGUGCCUCCGGCCGAUUGCAUCGGACUGUUACCGGUGAAUGGGUUUGGUCUUCGGAAGAGGAAGAUAACGGCAAGCAGUCGUCCGAUUCGGAUUCCGAAGAGCGACCGAUGAACCGUUUGGAUCGAAUGGACUCGUCCGCAUCGGAGACGGAAGAUGCGUCCGAACCUUCCGAGGCUACGGUUACGGCACCAACUGGGGCCUCGGAUCGUACUAAUGCAGACAUCACCAGCACUCUUGGCGGUCUCGCCUUGGACGAUCUGCCCCCCAUAAACCUGGUACUGCGGAUGCGAAACGCCAACCGGGAACUAAACGACAUUCGGUUCGAGUUUGCUGUUGGCAAAGACUCGGCCGAAGGCAUCGCUUCCGAACUGGUCGGUGCCGGGCUUGUCGACGGGCGCGAUAUCGUCGUGAUGGCGGCCAACCUGCAGAAACUGAUCGACGCCCGGAGCACAGUGAAAACGGUCACCUUCCAGUUGAACUCCGGCUUCGGAACCGGCGAACAGCCGGACGAGAAAUCGCUCAUCGGUUUCGCACAGAUUUCUAUCACGGAUUAACUUAAGUGACUGCUUGUUUAUCUGUUCGUCUCAGUGUGUACGUGAGUAUUGUGGAAGCGCGUGUGGUCAGUGUGUUCGAGGAGGACAAAAGAAAAACAUUCUAUCGGAAGAUUUUCCUUGUGUUUCGAUUUCUUACAUAGUUUUAAAACGAAGAAAACAAUAAAUAGCAAGUUAUUUAGGAUUUAGUGAUACCUGUAAACCUGUAAACGCGCGCCGGGAGCAGAUUAUUGCAUGAUGAAAUUGAACCGCUUCAGCAGAGAUUCUAAAAUAACAAAAAAAUAAAAUCGAUCGAAAUAGACAACACGCCGAGACAGGUAGAAUGCUUUGGACGCUUUUUCCGACAAAUGCAUGCAGACAGGCGUCUUCAAUUUACUGAUCUAGCAGCCUUCAGAUAGGAGUCAAGUGAUGAAUUUGAACGAAAGAAUCAUUUAAAUCUGUUUGAAAUAUUGUGUUUUACUUAGAGGAUGGUCAGAGCAUAGUGAAAGAUAAGUUAUAUUUUAUCAGCGUUUCGUCAUUACUAGCAGAAACCAUAUAUAUAGACUACAGAGUUGUAACUGAACAGCAAUGGACACACGAAUCCUUGGCUGAACGAUUACAAUAGUACACAAACACUGUCUUUUGGGCGGUAGAUAUCGUCGUAUCACCUCUCUCCUCUAAUGUAGCAAAAGUCGCGAUCAGCAACCGAACCGACAUUAUUAAUGAAUCAAUACACCCGAGAGGCAAAAUGUAUCUUUAUUGAAAACAAAAAAAGCAAAAAAAAACAUCAAAGUAAUAAAGCAACAUCCACCCAAUAAGGAAGAACUGUUUGGCGCUU